AUGGCUUCGGACCUGGAGGAAAGAGUGCGCGCGGCUUUUAGGGACAAGCUGAGCCUGAUGAAAAUCCCAGAGAAGGAAAAUGACUUUUUGCCUUCUGCUUGUUUGCUGUUGGAGAAACAGAGAGAGCUGUCUAUGGUAACCCAGGCGCUGCUGGCCCAGAAAGAGGAAUUUCAGGUGAAGAUGGAGAACCUGCACCAUCGAAGGCAGGAGCUGGAGCGCAAAGAGCAACAGUUGAAAGAGGCCAUUCUGAAGUUUGACAAGUUCCUGAAGGAGAACGAUGCCAAGAAGAGCCGGGCGCUGCACAAGGCUGGCGAGGAGCAGCGGCAGGCGGCCCAGAGAGGGGCUGAGGCUGAGCGCCUUCGGCAGGAAAUUGCCCAGCUGCUGGAGGUGAAGGAGAAGCUGCAGCUGCGCCUGGCCAACCACAAGAUUUUCCCCAUGUACCUGCAGCAGGUUGUAGAAAAAUCAGAACAGUUUCAAGAAGUCCCAGAGCUGAUCGCCCGGUUCCAGGCCCUGUCGGCCACCCACGCAGCUCUGACCCAGAGAGAGCAAGUUGCCCGCGAAGCCCUGGAGGAGGAGCGCGCCAGCCUGCAGCAGUUCCUGGAGGAGAGCAGCAACGAGAGCUUGGAGCAGACCAACCGCGUGGCCGAGCUGCAGGCCCGGCUGGAGCAGGCGCAGACGAGGGCGCACGAACUGGAGUCAAGCUGGGUUUGUAUCCAGAGCACAGCUGCUAGCAAGACGCUGGAACUUGGGCAGAUCAAGCUGGCAACGCUGAACCUCUACCAGCUGGUUGCCAAGCAGAGGAAGCUGCCGGCUGGCGUGCCACAGGAUGACACGGAAGCCCAACUCGAUGCGGUCCAGCUCUGCAUCGUGGACUUAACUGACAUCCUCGCCAGCUUCCGCAAGGGGGAGCCCUCCCCGGCUCGACAGCCGGAGCCGCCCACUGUGCCCCACGCCGAGGCAGGGCCCGGCUAG